AUGGCGAAAUCCCUCCAUUGGCCACCCCUCGCUCAGAGAGCGCUACUCGAGUGGAUUGAUGAUCAAAAAGGGCCUCAAAGCGCAUUGAUUCAGAACUACAAACAAGCAAUCGCAGAGCUGACCAAAAGCCUGCGUACGCAAUUUGGAGACCACAAAUCGUUCUCCAAAGCCCUGUCGCCAUCCCAGGUCGAACAAAGGAUCAAGUAUCUUUGGAAAGACAGACUUGGGACCUCCCAAUCGUCGACCUUAGACACCUUCUACAGGGACGGCACCCACACGCUUGACUGGAACAAGCUGAGCCGCAAGCCUGUCGCUCGAGCGUACACGAAGGACGAGAUUGCAUCCUUGAGCACAGCGACCGCGACAGACCCCGUUGGGGCCAGUGACGGUCAAGAAAUGACACGAGCGGAAAAACGUCGCCGAACAGAUAACGGAUCCGAAAAUCGAUCAGACGGCAAGGAGGAAAAGCAAGAGGCGAGGAGACGGAAGAGCCCUUCGAGUGAUGUGGAAAGGGAUUCAGAGUCUCAAGCUGAUCGUCCUCAUUCUGGGCAAACUUCGAGGAUCGUCCAACCAACGACACUCGAAAAUGAUGCGACUCGUACCACGUCCGCAGAUAGUUUGGCACCCACCCAACAGGAAGAAUCCCCCACCAGAGCACCAGAGCCAAGCGGCCAACACAGAAGCAACAGAAGAGAUUCUCAUGGUUGCACCAAAUUCCGCCAUAGACUUGAUAUCCAGGUGAGGGAUGAGGCGCACAAUGGAGAAAGCGACGGUCCGCGAUUUGCAGCGAGCCGCACUGAGAGCAUUUCUCGCGGCGCUUUCCCUAAUCCAAUACUUGUUGGGGCCAUAGAGUCGCAGAUGGAAUUACUUGAGUACGAAAUUCGUAUGGCAAUCGAAUUCUAUAGCCUACGGCAGGGUAUACCGUCUAACCAACCAAUGAUCAUUGACUCACGACUUCGAUAUCCUGGCGAAUGCCGCUCUCUUUUCAUGCACAUGCUCGGACUCGACAGCUUUCAAGACGGGGAUUGGCGCUCUGAGAGGCUCCAAGCUUUCCAGAAAGCCAAAAUCGGGCUGAAUGACUUUCUCCAGUCGUUGGUCGGCUGUGCUGUGACAGCGUGGUGUCUGAGAGCUCGCCUCCCCCCGGGCUUGUACUUCCAGGAACUUGGUGGAGCGAUCGUCGAGAAAGUCCUCAAGCAGGCAUUCACGUCGGAAGUCGAAGCUGAAAUACGCCAGCGAUUGUGGGACGAACACCUAAGCCGACACGUAAUUCGCUCCGUUGACUCAGAUGCGCACCACAUGGCAGACAUGAUGUUUGCAUAUAUCGACAUGCUGAUCCCCCGAGAGCCAUCGCCUCGGAGGCGCGAGCAUCAGGCUGACGUCUGUCGUCUAAUGCCGGAGGACGAACCACCGCGGUUCAUAGAGGACCUGGACCGGGCGGAGUUGCGUCGACGCCUCACCCGCGUAUUCAAACUUGGAUUGAACUGCAGCAUCGAACUGUCAAGGCGACUGCACGAAGACUACCGCGUCAGCUGGCCCCGGUUCUUGACGCCCUAUGAGCGCAUAGAAGAUCGGCGGCGGCAAAGGGCUCCUGCCGGUGCUGGUGGCGCCGCCGACAAAGAAACCAAGGAGCGUAAAGUCUGCCUGGCGCUCACGCCCCUUAUCGAGCGAAGAACAUUGGCCUAUGUUGACGGCGAAUGGACGGAGCUGGAGGUGGCGUGCAAGGCCACAGUGAUCCCUCUAUGA